CACAAUGCUUAGAUGAGCACAGCAUUGUUAUGUAACAGCCUCUCUCCCUUUACUUAGCAGAGGUUGUAAACCUCUUGCCUCACUCUGCUCUCCUCAUGCUCUGAUGUCUGUCACCCAGUGGACCAGAUUUGGUUUGGUCCAUGGCUCCCUUCCUCAGACCAUCUACCUGGACUUUGGCCCUCCUGAGAGGUGCUCUCUGGCUUUCUGUGCUCUGGGCACUGUUGUCUCCUGCCUGCUGUUCCCGUGGCCCACCCAAAUGGCGCUUUUCUACCUCUGAAGUUGUCAUCCCCAGGAAGGUUCCCCAGAGAAUGGGCAAAAGUGAUAUGUCAGGGCACAUCACCUAUAGCAUGCGCUUUAGGGGACAAAGACAUGUGGUCCACAUGAAACUCAAGAAAAACAUGAUUCCUCAAAAUUUUCCUGUAUAUACCUCUAAUGACCAAGGAGCCCAGCAGGAGGAUUACCCAUUUGUCCCUCGGGAUUGUUACUUCUACAGCUACCUGGAAGGAGUCCCUGGGUCCCAAGCUACAUUAGAUACUUGCACUGGAGGUCUGAAAGGCAUGAUACAGGUGGAUGACUUCACUUAUGAAAUCAAACCUUUGGCAUCUUCUUCCAAAUUUGAGCACGUAAUUUCUCUGCUUGUGGCGGAUGAAAGGUCACGUAAGUCUAAAAAGUGUAGAAAUGAUGAGAUUAUGGCAAAGGUAGGUGACCCCCCUGAAGAGACUAAGCUUGCUGGAAGUCCCAGAGCAGCCCCUGUAUAUCUGUGGCGUUACCAUUUGAAGAGAAUAGGAAUAGUGUACCUGGUGACUUAUAAAUUAUUCAAACAAACUGGGAGCAAUAGAACCGCCUCACUUGAGUUAUUAAUGAUUAUGAACAGCAUUUCAGAUAGCAUUUAUAAAGUCAGUGGACUGACUGUGUAUGCAAGUGCUGUAUAUUUUAUGGAGGAAUAUGAGUACGUGCUUUCCUCAACUCCUAAAACUUUUUGGACAUUUCUAGAACUAUUUGGCGGAUGGAUAGGUAAAAAAUUUAAGAACUUUGAGUAUGUCACUGUAGCUCUUCUCCAUGUAGAAAAACUUGGAAAUCUAGAUUAUGCAGGCUUUCAGAAUGGAAUGUGCAGCCACAACUGGGGAGUAUUAUAUACAUAUAUAGGAAAAAAACAUAUAUUUCUGGCUGGAUCUCUCCUGGCACAUGCACUGGGUCACCUUCUGAAUGUAAAACAUGAUACACCGGGCUGUGUUUGUUUCAGAAGGAGCAGUUGUCUCAUGGAUGAAUAUCCUACUCUUCAAGAUAUGAUUAGCAAUUGUUCCCAUACUGAGCUACAUAAGAGGAUCCAUGGCUGGGACCCUUGCUUGAGUUUAGAGCAUCACACAUAUGAACAAAAAACCUAUGAAGUUCCUCGCUGUGGAAAUAAGAGAGUGGAGGCCAGUGAGAAAUGUGACUGUGGUUCUAUGAAAGACUGUACCACUGAUAAGUGUUGUGAAGUCAAUUGUGACUUUACUCCGGGCAGCUCUUGUGCUGCAGGAGGUUGCUGUCUAUCUUGUAAGUUUGCACGCACUGGAACAAUAUGCAGAGACAAAAAUGGUAUUUGUGAUCUUCCAGAGUACUGUAAUGGAGUCUCAGCGCAUUGCCCAGGAAAUUUUUACAUCAUGGACGGAACUCCUUGUUCUCCACUGGCAGUUUGCAUAGCAGGAAACUGUAGUGACCGUCAUUUGCAGUGUCAAGCUCUUUUUGGAUACCAAGUAAAGGAUGGUUCACCAGCAUGCUAUAACGAAUUAAAUGUCAAAGGUGACCGAUUUGGAAACUGUGGUAUUAGAAUCAUACGAGGAGGAAGCAAACCUGUCCCAUGUCAAAAGGAGGAUGUUUUUUGUGGAAUGAUCCACUGUGAUGGUGUCAGUCGUAUUCCUGGUGGAGGUGAGCACACGACCUUUUAUCACCUAAAGGUUCAAGAUGUUAAAGAAGAACAGUGCUUUGGGUAUGAUAUACACCAUGGGACAGAACUUCCAGAAAUGGGGCUUGUAGUGGAUGGUGCAACCUGUGGUCCUGGCAAAUACUGUAAAGCUCAAAGAUGUGUUGCUCAUCAAACUUUGAAUUUUAAUUGCAACAUUACUAUGUGCAACUCCAGAGGGGUGUGCAACAACAAAGGCAAUUGUCACUGUAUUCAAGGAUGGCAGCCACCCCAUUGUUUAGAAAUAGGAGAAGGUGGUAGUACAAAUAGUGGCCCUCCACCUACCACUCAGAAAACACAUCAAGCUGAAAUACAUGUGAGUGCCAACAGGCUAAUAGUCAUUUUAGGUAUUCGCGUGAUUCUUAUCUUGGCUUCAAUUCUUUUGGGGGCAGUUUUUAAAGCAAUAUUUGUUUCAGCAGCUAAAGAAGAGGAGUAACAUCCUGCUGUUAACAGAUAGUUGACUUCAUACCAAACUAUUUGAAGCCACACAAUGGACAAAAUCCUUGUCAAUUGCCACAAGAAAUUGUCGAUGAUGUAUAACCAUUGGUAAUUGUAGAUUUUCAUCUUGAAAUAAAACCA